AUGACGGAUCGAGUGUUUUUUGGCCUCAAACUGGGAAAAAGGUAAAUCAGUUGUGUUUUUGUUCAAUUGUACCGUACCCGUUAUCUAGUUUGUUCUUUAAAUGCCGUCAUUCUGUUGUCUAACAAAGCAAUCAUCGUUGAUGUCAAACGAAAUGUCUCAACGAGCUAGCAAAAAAUUGUAGAUUCUGUCUGAAGUCAUCAAAGCACACCCUAGCCUUAUGGGAUAAACUUACCUGUUGCAUAUAAACUAAACAAAUCCUUUUCAAAUGAAUAUGCAAUUUUGCUUUGUUUACUCACAACUAAUUUUGCUUUCAUUUUAAGACUAAUGGACAGAGAAGCCAGCAAUAAUGAGGUCCCUCAACAUCCCCAGAGCAAAGCCAACUGGAUUUCGUUUCUUUUGUUUUGGUGGACGAACGAUUUAUUCAAAACGGGGAACAAUCGCCCUCUGCAACAGUCAGACUUUUGGCCGCUGCACGACGAAGACAAAACUUGUCUAUUGACAGAACAACUGCAAUCACAAUGGACGAAAGAUCUUAAAAACGACAAAGACCCACGGUUAUGGAAAACAGCCAUGAAAGUGUUGUCACGCAAAGAACUCUGUAUAAUUGGUUUUGCUGGGUUUCUGGACUCGGUGGGGCGAUUUCUUCAGCCCUUUUUUUUGGGAGUUUUCAUUUCCACACUCGUGUCUAACACCCCAGAGCAAGCCCUGCUUGCUUGCUGUGCCCUGCUAAUGCUGUUGGUUGUAGUGAUGAAAAGUGUCGCCGUGCAUCACAGCAGUUUCAAACUUUAUGUAAUUGGGAUGCGAAUGAAGGCCUCGCUCAAAGGUCUUAUAUUCAAAAAGGUGAGUUUUCCUUCAUGUAAUAGAGCACGCUUUCCGGAUUUUGUCUGAGUUAAGUAAGAUUUAUGUCACUUUGCGGUUUGAACAACGAUGGGAACCAAAUAAUUAUUAGAGAUAAGAUGGGAUUUAGUAAUCAUUCUCACGGUACAGCUGAACUCUGGAUAACCGUUCUGAAUGAACGUUCAAUAUGUAAUUUGAGAGUGAGUAUCACUUAGACCUCCCAGGGACAGGGUAAUCCAGGUGAUUAGCUUCACCAAAGUGCAUACGAGGUCAGAUUUCCCUCCUUUACGACGUUAAUAACAACGUCACAGUCUCUUGUAGGGUCAGUUGUGUCCCAGAGUCAUCAUCAUCAUUCUUCGUUGUCUCGGACUGACUAGUCCUCGUUUGAGAAACAAACAAAGGUUUGAGACGCAUUUUCAUCUUAGAAGCUACCGUGAAUUACAUCUUGAUUACGUAUCGAACUUUAUUUGGGUAGUGAAUGUUUUUAAAUACACUGUACCAAUAGUGUACUUAGGUCAUUCAGAGCUUCCUACGUAGACAUUCCUUAAGUGCCUCGUCACGUUUUCGGCUUCCGGUGUGAUUUUGGGGGAAUGCUGAUUUGUUUAAAGCUACUAGGAUAAACCAUCAUACACCGUCCUUAUUAAGACUGGCAUUCAUUCUUUUUCGUUAAUGUAUCAAACGGACACCUGUUGAGUGUACAAUAACCGAAGUCCUUAACUGCACCCCUUACCCUUAGGCCCCCAAAUUAGCAGUAUUCGUAUUUAAAAAAAGGUACCUCAACAACGACCACACCCAAAUAAGUGUAAAUAGAAGAAUAAAACAGCAGAGGAAAAAACAUGACUAGAGAGGAUCAGAGAGGUUUUCUUGGCCUUAACUCUUUGUUCGCUCCUUUCUUUGCUGCUUAUUCAUUAUGUGUUUGUAAAAAGGAAAACCUAUUUUGAAGCGGAAUGCUGGGUAUGAGAGGAUGCGAAUACGCACAAUUUGACUUGCGAGGUGACUUAUAUACGGUCUCUAAAAAUGUAGAACGAUAGUUGUAAUGUAAGCGUGAGCUAUUGUAGCAAGGUGGACUUUCCACGUUCCUCUGGAUAAUGUAUCUAUUAUAUACGAAAAACUUGAAAAUGGCAAAGGCUUACAGAUCGGAAGAAUUGAGAGUCUGAGUAAACGAUUAUUCAUGUGUAAGAGGAUCUGACAUUCUCUAUCGAAAUACUGAAGUAGCUUACAGUAGAUAAAUUGGACUGACAAAUAAGUACGCUUUACAUAGGCGUGAUUGUAUCCUCGUUCUCAAUCUCUAGAUUCUGCUCCUUGGUCAACAAACACUGAACGGAUUUACUAAAGGUCACGUGAUUGAUCUCGUGUCCAAUGAUCUUCAAAGAAUGGAGCAAGCUGCAAGGCAGUUCUUUCGGCUCCUCGUCGCCAUCUUCGAUGUCACUGUUGCUGUCCCGUUGAUGUGGCACUUCAUAGGUUGGCAGGCGUUAAUAAGUCUCGUGUUCUUGCUUCUUCUGGUACCAUUUGGUGGCUUCCUUACAUACCUUGCUGGAAAGCUCCGACUAAAGACCGCUGCUGUUUCAGAUAGGCGAAUAAACCUUAUGGCUGAGAUAGUGGCUGGAAUACGUGAAGUGAAGACACAUGCGUUGGAAUGGUUCUUUCUGGAACAAAUCCAGGAGACUCGAAAGUAAGUGGUAUAAGAAGUCAUACUGUAGAUUAAAUCUCAGUAUGCUUUAUACCCUCCUUAAAAGACUGUUAAUAAAAACGCUUACCAAUGAAAGUUAGUGAAAAACUAACAAGGCUGAGCAACAGCGAAAAAAGGUCGAGCCUUUUGCAGGGCAAAGGUAGUUACUCCAAGACCCUGAGUAUUAGUUAGAGGGAAUGAGCUAUCAUUCUCUCUUGGUAUUGGUACGGCCCCGAGAUCAGAAUUCGCGACCUCCUCUGAAAAUCGUUUAAAAAUGGCUGGCUUGCCUUUUCGGGGUCAAUAUUAGGAUGAUUCAUCCACUGCUAACUCUGUAAAAAUACCCGAUUACGAACAUCUAGGACAUAAGUGAAAAAACGAUAAUUUUCCUAUUUGUUUUCAGGGAGGAAAUGAAGAUAAUUCGCCAGAAGAGUGUCCUUGUAUCUUGUGGUAUUUCUAUGAUGUACACUUCUGGCGUUGUCGCAGUGUUCAUCUCUCUUUUGACACUCGUAUUUACUGGUUCCAACUUGACACCGUUCAAAGUGUUUACACUUCUGUCAAUAAUAAAUGUGCUCCGAAACAGUGCCUUAAGAUCUAUAGCAGAAGGGCUGCAUUUUAUUUACGAGGCGUACGUUUCAUUUGGUAGAAUACAAGAGUUUUUGGUGCUACCAGAAAUGCAUUGUUUGACUGACGGAAAGCACUCAAGUAAAAAUGGGAAGGAUUUGUUGUUCGCGAACAAACGUAUUGGCAAAGUAGUUGUGGACGUUUCUGAUGGCUUGACAUACUUCGACGAGUACACAAAAAAAUCUUGCAUCAUAACCAAGUUUGUAAAAAUUCAAGAUGACCAUAACGGAAACAAUCCUCUUUCAAGUCUGGGGUUAACUCAAACAGAAUUAAAGAAGGCAUGUGAGCCAGACACAAAAGCAGGAAUCAAAUUAAGCAAUGUGGCAUGUAAAAUCAUUGAUGAUAACAAAACUCCGCUGAGAUCAAUCACCUUUGAAGCAAGAGAUAAGACCUUGACCGUCAUUACCGGUCCGGUGGGAAGUGGGAAGUCGACUUUGUUAUCUUUAAUUGCUUGUGAAAUGCCGACUACUGCAGGAAAUAUCGAGGUAUCUGGCAGCAUUGCAUACGUACCACAAAUACCGUGGGUAUUUUCGGGGACAUUGAGAGAAAACAUUCUCUUUGGUCGGCCAUUCCAGUCUGAAAAGUACUUUCAAACAAUCCACGCUUGUGCGUUAGAAGAGGACAUUGAAAGGUUUCCUGACAGAGAUCAAGUUGUCAUCGGUGAACGCGGAAACACCCUAAGUGGUGGUCAGCAAGCUCGUGUCAGUUUGGCACGCGCAGUGUAUGCUGAUUGUGAUAUCUAUCUUUUGGACAAGCCGCUGGCUGCAAUUGAUACAAAUGUCGGUGAUUUCAUCUUCAAACAUUGCAUCCUGGGGAUGCUGUCAGACAAACUCCGACUGAUGGUUUCACACAAGGAGUACUCUAUCAAAUCGGCAGAUCAAGUGAUAAUCUUGCGCGACGGCUCAGUUAUCGCUAAGGGGAAGUUUGCGGAACUUCACGAAGACGAAGCAGUAAAAGACUUUUUAGAGCCUCGUAGUAACAGUAUAGGCAAAGAAGCCGGGAACACACUAUUGCUUGAAAGACAAUCCAUGGCUGCUCAGUGGGACAGGUCAGAAAACAUUUUGGACAAAUCUAGUAGAAGUAUGGCAACUCCAGAGGAAGAUCGUGUGACUGGCACUGUGUCCUUCAAGCUGUACUGGGACUAUUUAAGGGCAGGACUAAAUCCUGUUGCUUUAGUUGCAUUGAUCAUCAUUUUUAUCCUUUCCCAAGGUAAGAGGACGUCUAUACAUUGGUCAAACAAAGCUUAUUAGUUCUCAUGUAUAAGAGUUAGAUUCGUAACUUUAAAGUCUCUGUGAAAAGCCUUUGGUAAGACCAUUAAAAUCAGAUGCCAUAGGUUAGUUGUCCUAUAUCCUCGGAGACCCAGGGCAGUCAGGUGGGACAACAGUUUUCAAGCUGGAUGGCUGUCACACAAUAGCCUGGGUUUGUGCAGUUGUAUACUGGUAAAGUUCUUUUCUUGCGUUUGUGCGGAUGGUGACGACGUCAAGGCCCACAAGGCCAAUACACAGCAGUUCUUAGCCCGAAAAGUUGUGUUCCAUGUUCCAUUUACUUCCCAACCAUAUUUUCCUAAAGCUUGCAAAAAGGUUCUUUACCAUUUGCAAGCUUUAGGAAAAUAUAGCUGGGAAGUAAAUGGAACAUGGAACACAACUUUUCGGGCUAAGAAUUGUUUUCUCAGUUGCGGGCCCAUCUCAGUCCCGGCCCCUUGCUCCGACAGCGAAUCAGAACUAUUAACGCAUCCUUUUUCCCGCUCGCAGAGCCAGUCAUAAAAUAUUAAUUAACGUUUAUAUAUUUAUAUCUAUUUUUAUAGGGAUAAUGGUUUUACCCGAUUUAUGUCUUUCCUUCCUGACAACGUUGCCUCACGAAGAGCAAAAGGACAGAAAAAAUAUCGGAAUCUACGCGAGCUGUGUCGCAGCGGCUGUUCUUUUUACAACCUGCCGCGCCUUCGUUUUCUUUCAAGCGGUGCUCAGAUCUUCAGAAAACGUUCACAACAACAUGGCGACGGCUAUCCUGAAAGCACCAAUUCUAUUCUUUGAUUCAAAUCCAGUUGGUAGGAUUCUCAAUCGGUUUUCAAAGGAUAUUGGCUGCCUGGACGAAGUUCUGCCAAAGACUUUUCUCUUUGCAAUCCAAUUGGUGAUGUUUGUGUUGACCGCAGCGCUUCUUCCAUUAGCGGCAAAUGCCUGGCUUGCAGCAGUUGUGGUGCCCAUUAUCAUACUGUACGUUUACAUUGCUCGGUACUUCUUGAAAACCUCUAGGGAGCUCAAGAGACUGGAGUCUAUCUGCCGUAGCCCUGUGCUGUCACAAAUUGCUGAAACACUCGAUGGAUUGGAUACUAUUAGAACCCGUAAGAGGCAGCAGGAGUUUGCUGAGCUCCUAUACAGGUGUGUUGGAAUAAAACCUACUUUCUUUCUAGCUUCUGAGCAUUAAGCAAGAAAUAUAGAACAUUAGGAUGGUGGGAAUAACCCUUCAUACAAGGUGUUGUCAAGGUAUUUCUUGAUACUCAGGUCCAAAUACCAGGGUUAAGAAGGUCACUCAUUCUGAACUGAACAAAAAGUAGCAAAAUUAACGCUCGAAACGCUCCUGUCAAAUCUGAAAAAAAUGGUGAACAGUCACCCCAAAGCUCAAGCUCUGACGUUCAACUGGGAAAUCGGUGGCAAAUAUGCCCGAUACGAGACUUCUUCUGACUGAGAACUACCGCGACAUUAGGUAAACAUAACAAACGUUAUGAAUCAGUUUUCUUCACAUUGAAGAUUAAAACAGUUUUUGAUCCCAGAGCUCCUCUCUAUUGCGCAUGAUUACGGACGCGCGGAGUCAAAAGCGUAAACUGUAGAGUAGAGAAUGCCUGAUCUCCUGACAAGCAGUUACUCUGCUGUGUCUCCGCAGAUAUCAAGACAACCACAACCGGUCAUAUUACAUGGUGCUAGCUGGGACUCGAUGGCUGGGAAUAAGACUGGAUUUCAUCUCUGCUUUCUUAAUUGGGGUUGUGGCUUUAUUUGCUGCCUUCAAUUCCCAGGAUAAUGCAGGUAAAAUGGUCUUCUAAUCAGCGCCCUUAACAAAUCGGUUUCACUCGAGUGUAUUAUAAAGCACACUAUAAUUCAGUCCAGUCAAGAAAGACCAAUCAGAUCUCGAAGCAAUAGCUGUGCUCUGCUUGAAGAGCGAAAAAACGAGUGGGAACAUACGAAUUAGUUGAAAAGUUCAGAGUGAAAAAGGUCGCGCAAGAUUUUGUAGGGAACAAAUGAUAGCGCAGACAGCCAAUGAAAAGGUAGAAGUCAAAGUACUUCUCGUAAUCCGUUUGCUGAAGCCGGGUUUCACCUUUAGACCUGUUAAAUACAUUUGAGCAAACUGUUUUCUCACCAUAAGAUUCUUACGUCCAUUAUAACUACAGAUUAAUUCUUAAUGUAACUAGAUUUGCUGUUCCAUUUUCAGCUCUGGUGGGAAUUGCUUUUGUCUACGUCUUUGAAACCGUUCAUUUUACCCAGGUGAGCGUUCAACAGUCCGCAGAAGUGGAGAGCUUAAUG